CGUGUAAAAUGUAUCAGUUGUCGUGGAAUUUUUUCAGCAAUUACAUUAUUUCAUUCUCUGAAAUGGCAUUCGGAAAGUAUCUAUCAGCUGUGGCUUUUAUAGCCUUAGUCAUUCUUUCAUUUGAAGAAACGUGCGCUCUCAAAUGUUGGAGAUGCCAGUCAAGUGGCAAAAAUGGGAAAUUUUGUAAUGAUCCGUUCGAUGCGAAUGCCGUUACACCAGAACAAAAACGAUGGGCUUUUGUGAACUGUCCAACUCCGGCUGGAUCGAAUCAAAAAUCAGUAUGCAGAAAAAUGACACAACUUGUCAACGAAAUUACUAUUGUCUCUCGUUCGUGCUACUUCGAAAAGGAAAGUGCUUCCAAAAACGACUGCAUGAAUGAUAACACACCAUCGUAUGUAAAGACAGAAACCUGUGAAACAUGUUCGUAUGAUGGAUGCAAUGGGGAAAUAUAGAGCCAAUUCUACCAAUGAUUUUAUUUUUCGAAUUUGGAUUAUAUCUUUAUAGUUUGAUUUUUAAUAAUGGCAAAUUCAAGAAAAUCUUUCACAAUACACUUUUUUCCCAUUUUUGGUUUCUGUAGUUUUCAACGAUAGAGUUCCAAAGUUAACUGUUUUUGUUAAAAAUUAAAAUGUUGUCUAGUAAUAGGUUUCUUAUGCUUCCAAUUUAUAUUUUGUUAUCAAUGAUUACUGAUAGCUGUAACCUAGGGGUUUGGAACUCGGAAAAAAACUUCAAAUAAACACCGUUUUUUAUGAAUUGGUUAUAUAAAGCCAAAUACUCGGAAAUUUCCAUGUUUAUUUGUGAUUAUGCAGAUAACAUGAAUAAGAAUACAGCAGCGAUGCGAAACACACACACCGCACAAAAUAACAUCAAUAAUUGUUGUUAUUAUUUUAUAGGGAAACAAUUUCACACAAAAAAGCUAUUUUUCUUCGAUAACCCCGAAUAUUUAAAUUUAAAUAAUAAAUUUCCCCCAAAAGCUGUAACUUUGUAGAAAACAAAAAAUUUGAAAUUGAUGAUAACAGGGAGUUUAUUGUCCUGUUGUUUGUUUAUUUUUUUCAAUUGUUCAAGUUUAUUUAAUAAGCAAUAAAAAACGAACUGUAA